AUGCGCCGCACGACACUAGGACCUGUGUCGUCCUCGCAGCUCAACUCGCGUUCAUCUGUCUUACGCCAUCCUUCCACGCGUGUUUCUGUACCGAGCAAGACUGCUACAGCGUUUGAUCGCCAGUCCAUUGGUGUUGCAUCUCGUCGCAUUUCCACUGCUACUGGGCUCACAGGGCGACGCCCCCCUAUUGGCCCUCGGGCUUCUGUAAAAUCGCGUCAAUCUGUAAGUACUAAUCGUCGCAAUAGCUCGUACAGCUCGCGCACCUCAGUUUCUGGUCGUGGUGGUGCCCGCGUGCUGGAUCCGCGACCAGUUAACGACCGUUCAUACCUUAACAGCUGCGUACAAACACUCGUGGAAUUUCUGAGCGAGCAUAUGUACGACCAAACACUUCCGCCAGCGCUGCUGCGACGUGGUCCAUCCAAAAAGGAUUUUUAUAACAUGAUUUUGUUCUUGUUCAAAUUGGUCGAUCCUACUUUUGAGUUUGGCAUUAAAUUCGAGGAGGAUGUUGUGCAUCAGUUCCGAAACCUUCGCUAUCCUAUCCAUAUCAGUAAAACGUCAUUGUCGGCCGUUGGAACGCCUCACACGUGGCCGACGCUGCUGCUUUCUAUUUCUUGGCUUAUUGAGCUGCUCAGUUAUGAUGAAGCGAUCCAGCAAGCAAACGAGACGGACCAAAAUGACGAAAAUGAUGAAGAAAAUGGCGACAAACCUUUUUUCAGAUAUUUAAGUGCCUCCUACCACGCUUUUUUGGCGGGCGAGGACGACAGGUUCGAUAUACUGGAAAAGCAAGAGAGAGAAAAAUUGAUCGCACGAAACGAGGUGGUUCGAGAGGAGAUAAACGAGCUAGAGCUGCAGCGUGAAGAGUUUAAAAAGCGUAUCGAUAAAGCUAAGAGGGAUAAGAAUGCAUUAUCCGUGCUUCAAUCAAAAAAAAGUGACUGCGAGAGCGACCUGUACAAAUUUCGAAAAAUCGUACAAGGCUACGAGAAGGCAAAGUUCAAGCUUGAGAAGAAGAUGGAGUCCCUUGCUCAAGUCAAGCAAUCAUUUUAUGAAGAAUUCGCUAGCCGCCAAUCUGAGAUACAACGACUUCAGACCCGUAUUGACAACCAAGAAUUGUCUGCACACGACAUAGAGCAAAUUGGACAAGAAAGAGCGAGACUAACUGAGCAGCUUCAUCAAGUACUUGCUCGUCAAGAAGACUUUCAAAGGCGGAUCAAGAAUGAUGAAAACCGUGCUGCAGAGAUUCGAGACGAUCUUGACGCACAGAUAUACAAGUAUAUGAAUACUUGCAAACAACUCAAGAUCAUUCCCAUUGCUGCCAAGUAUUCAUUGAAGUUUGACUUUGUGCUCGAGAUCGAUCCAAAUCUUCAAGAGCUUGACGCGAUUCAAAAGCUGACGCAUUACUUAAAAACAGAAGUUCGCCAAGCAGCACUGGCUUUGAAGCAGAAUCGUAUCGCGUGUGCGAAUGCCGGGUUGGACAAGGCGCUUGUUUUAGAUAAUAAAUUGCAGCAAUGUGAAAUUGAGCUGAACAACGAGAUACAAAAUGAGAAGAAGCAAGAAUCGAAGGUGAAAAAGUACGUUGAACAAAUGCCAAAACAGCGGGAAAAGCAGGCGGAAAAUCUUCGGCGGAAGACGGCAGCAAUUGAAGAAAUUGAAAAAACUAUCACAAAUAUAGCUAAUGAGGACAAUCUCGCCGAAGAGGAGGCCUUAAGCCGUCAACGUCUGCAAGAAAUGCGAAAAGCGUCUGUCGAAAUGACGGAGGCCUAUCACGCACUCCUCGACAAGAAUCGACAUGUUAUCACAAAUGUUCUUAUUACAUGCACAAACCACAAAGCUGUAGUUGACCGAGCUAUUUCAUCCCUGGAAGCUGAGGUCAACAAGAUAGAGCUUUAA